AUGGGUGAAUUAACAUGUUGUGAGAAAGUUAAUGCAUGGCUAAGAAACUCAAAGGUUUAUUUGCUUAUAAUAAGCUUGCAAUUUGGUUCUGCUGGCAUGUAUGUUCUCACCAUGGAUGCUCUUAAUAAAGGAAUGAGUCAUUAUGUUUUUGUGGUUUAUCGUAAUGUUAUUGCCACUGUUGCUCUUGCUCCAUUCGCAUUUUUUCUCGAAAGGAAAAUUAGGCCAAAGAUGACAGUGAGAAUAUUUUCUGAAAUUAUGGCACUGGGAUUUGUUGAGAUAAUACUUGAUCAAUGUUUCACGUUCUUGGGGAUGAAGCUGACAUCAGCAUCUUUUGCAUCUGCUGUUAUGAAUUCCGUACCUUCCAUCACCUUUGUACUUGCAAUAUUAUUUAGAUUGGAGAGGAUGAAACUUAGGGAGAUAGGAUGUCAAGCUAAAGUGAUUGGCACAGUGGUGAGUCUUGGAGGUGCUUUUCUUAUGGCACUAUACAAAGGUCCUGUUCUUCAAAUUGCUGGCUCUUCAGCAGCAACACAGAUGCACCAACCUGAAAAUGUCAAUGAUCCAACUGGUUCACACUGGCUCCUUGGUGCAUUGUUUCUCCUCAUCGGUUGCGCCGGCUUUUCCGCUUUCUACAUUUUACAAGCCAUAACAUUGAGAAAGUAUCCAGCAGAAAUGUCUCUUGCCACGUGGGUUUGUUUCAUUGGUGCACUUCAAAGCAGUGUGGUAACUAUUUUCGUGGAACGUCACAGCCCUGAGGCUUGGGCUUUGGGCCUGGACUCUAGACUCUUCGCUUCGGUAUACGCGGGGAUAGUAACUUCAGCAAUUCAAUUUUAUGUGCAAGGAUCUGUGAUUAAAACUAUGGGACCUGUUUUCGUGACGGCUUUUAAUCCUCUUCGUAUGAUCAUAGUCACAGGCUUAGCUUGUAUGUUCCUCGCAGAAAAACUUCAUCUCGGAAGCAUUGUUGGAGGAGUCGUGGUGGUUACAGGAUUAUAUCUUGUUGUAUGGGGCAAAUCUAAGGAACAAAAGAGUAUCAUGUUAGAAGAAGAGUCCCCGCAAAAAAUCGGCAUACAAGGACAACAACAAUUACCGAUUACGGUCUCCAAAAUUGAUGACAAUGUUGAUGUUAAUAAAGCUCAAUCGGUCACGAUUGAAGAUCCAACAAGUAUAGACAGACAGUGA